AUGUCGAGUGGGGGCGGUCAGGGAGCAAUACCAGUCCCCGGACCAAUCGUAGCACAGUCUUUAGAUGCUUGGCCGCAAAAUAUGGCAGAUAUUGGAGGAUUAAACGGAUCGGUGUCAAAGUACGCGCGAAUGGAUGAAAUGGGAGUAAGAAUUGGUGAAAGUGAAGAUCCUGGAUCGGACAGUAAAGAGCGAUUCGCGCGUGAAAAUCACAGUGAAAUUGAGCGACGGAGGAGGAAUAAAAUGACGCAGUAUAUCAAUGAACUUGCGGAAAUGGUACCUCAGUGCGCUGCUCUUGGUCGCAAACCAGAUAAGCUAACUAUUUUGCGCAUGGCUGUCUCUCACAUGAAGACGAUUCGUGGUGGCGCACAAAGUGAAGCUUCGUAUAAGCCAUCUUUUUUGACAGAUCAAGAGUUGAAACAUUUGAUUUUAGAAGCGGCCAAUGGCUUCUUGUUUGUUGUUUGUUGUGAUACUGGAAGAAUUCUUUACGUAGCCGAUUCAGUUGUCCCUGUUCUGAAUAUGCACCAGGAUGACUGGAUACAUCAUGUCAUCUAUGAUCUGAUACAUCCUGACGACAUGGAAAAAGUAAGGGAUCAGCUAUGCGGAAGUGAAGCAAGUUUGAAUCGAGUAUUGGAUUUGAAAACUGGCACUGUUAAAAAAGAGCAGGGUUCCAUUCGUGUUCAUAUGAGUUGCCGUCGUGGUUUCAUCUGUAGAAUGAGACUGGGACCGUUGGAACCUCUUCAUCGUCUCUGUAAUCGACGGCCUAUCUUUACACAUAACGGACACAAUUAUGUGGUAGUUCAUUGUACCGGUUAUAUCAAAAAUUCGCCACCGAGCGGUCUUGGACUUCAUUCACCACCAUCGAGCUGUCUUGUUGCUAUUGCACGAUUGCAAGUUGCCAGUAUGCCGAUCAGCAAUGAACAAAAUUCCAUUUCACAGUUUUCAGUAAGACUCGCAGAAGAUGGAAAAAUAACAUUUGUGGAACAGAGAGCGGCAAUUCUGUUAUCUAUACCGUCGGAACAGAUAUUAGGACGUUACUGGUGGCAAAUUGUACACCCUGCAGAUGAACAAAUUGUGCACGAUGCGUUCAUGCAUAUUAUCCAAGACCAAGGUACACAAAUAUCAGUUCGAUUAAGAACACAAACAGAUUUCGUCCCAUGCGCAGUCACUGCUCACAGAUUUUUAAAUCCAUAUUCGGAACAGUUCGAAUAUGUGAUUGCUACGCAUGUAAUAGUUAUGAAUGAAAAUGAAAGUUGGCAAACCAGUUCUCAGAUGUUUCCAACAGUACCAUCUGAAUUCGAUCUAUCGUCAGGUAAUGAGUGGUCGUCCACUACCAGUUUUGGGUCUGAUAGUGUUGCACCCGGUAGCAGAAGACAUAUGUGGAAUACAGAUCAAUGGGGACAGUAUGGUCAACGAGGUUUGAAGAAAGCUAUUGGCAAUGACUUGAUGCAACGGUGUCAGUUUCCCAAGGCAGAAUCACUCUAA